UUGAUGGGGCGAGGGGGCCAAGAAAGGUGAAAAGAAAAUGUUCCUAGGGCUGAGUGGAGAAUGCCUUAAAUUUCCUCCCGGUGACCGACAGCCCCCUUCGGUGUCCAGAGUCCAUUUAAGCACCCAGGCCCCCAUAAACAGCACCACACCACGAUUCAAAGAAUAAUUGACUGCUACCAUCCAUUCUAGAGACGCGACACACAGCCAGUGACCAUGUCAAACAGGAUUCGCUUAGGGAUCGUUGGUCUUUCGGCUGACCCCAGUCAUUGCACCAACUACAUUCACAAGCUCCCCUUGACAACAACCCCAUUGAAAGAAAGGUAUGAAAUUGCGGCGGUAUCCAUGUCAUCCCCAGAGAAGGCUGAGGCGGCCGCGAUUGCGCACGGCUUGCCGAAAGAAAGUGGAUAUCAUAGCGUGGAGUCACUCGCCAAAGACAGUGACGUGGACCUGGUUGUCGUCUCUGUCAAAGUUCCUCGCCGCGCAGAGCUGGCUAUGGCCGCUAUUGAGGCCGGUAAAGAUGUCUAUGUCGAAUGGCCAUUUGCCUCGAAUUUGGUCGAGGCCGAAAAGCUGGCACAACGCGCGCGCGAACAGCAAGUGAAGAGCAUGGUUGGCUUACCGACGAGGCUGGCACCACAGGUCUCGAAGAUGAAAGAGAUUAUCCUGUCCGGAGCCCUGGGGCGCAUCCUGGCCACCGAUCUACUCGUGACAGACGACCUGUUUCUAAAAUUCCAUGCCGACAAAAGACAUUCUCAUGAUAAGGCGAAUGGAGCCAAUAUUGUCACUAUUGCCGGUGGUCACUUACUCGACGCAAUGGCCUUCCUCCUGGGCGAGUUUACCACCCUCCAUGCACAUACCAGCAUGUUGUUCCCGAAGCCUGUCUUGUGCGAUACCCAGGGCAACCUCAAGACUGGUCAGUUUAAUGAUUCUCCAGAUACCUUCACUCUGCACGGCAAGAUUGGCGAUUCUGAGGUCCCAGUGUCGGUGUGCAUGUAUUCACAUCCCCCGACUACCCCAAACUUCUUUCAAUGGGUUAUCACCGGCGAGAAAGCAUCGUUGAAGAUGGAGGGAGCAAGUUUGAUGAUUCACGCUAUCCCGCCAAAGCUCUUGAUAACGUCCUCUGGAUCGGAGUCUGUCAGCUGGGAGGAGAUUUCCCUAGAUAGCACCAUAGUCCCAGGGGCAGAAUAUCAGGCUUGGCUGGACAACGACAGGGAGCGGAUCGUAACCCUAGACGAAGCUGUUGUUCGGUACCGCAUGGUGGACGCCAUCUUUAGAAGCGCUGAGUCGGGGCAGUGCACAUCAUACCGUCACGACUAGAUAGUCAUGAGAGCAACUCCAACUAUUAAAUGCCGGGAUUGCUAUCUAGUAUCCUCCUUGAUCGUGUUCAAAAUGACCAUCCCUUACUCUUGGAGACGAAGGAUUCUUCA